AUGAGUGGGAGGCACUUUGCGGCUGUGCAGGUUCGCGCUGCAUCGAAAUGUGCGGCCAGAGCCCCCGUCCGAGGUUUCUCUGUCGCGUAUCCUCGGAGACAAACAUCGUCAUCUACGACUGACAAGGAUCCCACGGUCAAAAAAGAUGAGAAGAAUGGAACACCUUCGAAAGACCAAGAGGAAGAAAGCGCCAUGUCCCGGCGCCUGGCCCAAAUGACCGAAGAUGCGGUGCUGGAAGGAGGUCGGUCUGCGCGCCGCAACAUGGAGCAGGCGGGGUUUUCGGAGGAGCUGAAGAAGCAGCUGGAAGAACGGAUGGCGGCCGCUUCAUUCAAGAGCGAGUAUGCCGCUGCCCAUUCGAUUCUAGAUAUGCCGGUAUGUGCGUUGUUGCUGCCCCAGGGACCAGUCACUGACUUGUUUCGACUACAGACGAGCGCCGGCUCAGGUACACGCGACAUCGCUGGAUCGACUCCGUGGACAGGGUCAGAAAGUCUACACGACUCCGCUCUGCGCAUGCUCGAUGACGCAAGCAAACCGAUCCGAGCCCCCUACAAGAUCCCCCAACCGGUCAACCUUCGACCAGCCCCGAAAGCCAAGCGAACUCCCGGCCGCCGCUUAGCAGAUGCAAAAGACCGCACCUCCACAUACACACUCAGCCAAGCGCCGGGCUUCUCGCAGGAAGAGCGAGAGUCACUGCGCGAACAGAUGAAAGAAAAAUUAACACCGGGAGCGCACUCUGUGCCCAUCUCGAUCCACGGUCUCUCAUCAUUAGCCAACGAGCGCAUCGAAGACGCAAUUGCGCGCGGCCAGUUCCGCAAAAUCAAACGCGGGAAGGGUGUCAAUACUGAGACCGAUCAUAAUGCGAACAGUGCAUUUAUUGACACGACGGAAUACUUUAUGAAUAAGAUCAUCCAGAAACAGGAGAUCGUACCGCCGUGGAUCGAGAAGCAGCAGGAACUUGCCAUGGAACUCAGUCGCUUCCGGCAGCGCCUUCGCAGUGAGUGGCGGAGACAUGCGGCACGGUUGAUUGCCAGCCAGGGCGGGUCGUUGGAGACGCAGAUGAGACGGGCGAUGGGAUAUGCUGCGGCCGAGGCUCGGUUGGCAGAGCAAGCCAAGCUGGCGAAGUCACUGUCGGAAGGUGUUACUGAAGCGACCGCCCAGCCCAACCAGGAUGGUUCGUCCGUUUCCACAGACGAAGCCGGCGAAACGAGUAUGGGCAGGGAAUCCCCCAACGAGAUCUUCCAUCUCCCGCCCCUUCGGGAUCCCGAUUACCUCGCUAUCGAACGAUCCUACCACGAGCUUGCUGUGGAGAAUUUGAAUAAACUCACACGCUCGUAUAACCUCCAAGCACCACCCUCGGCACAGAAACCGUAUACUAGCCUCGAGCGCGAGCUCAAAUCUUGCUACGCCGAUAUCGCACCGCAGUUGGCCGAGGAGAUCAAACGACGGGCUACCGAGCGAACCACUAGCUCGACGUUGCCCGCUCGACCCGUUUCGUCGAGUGCGGCGGGCUCCUUUAGUCUGGGGCAGACCUCGCCCGUGGCCGACGAGGACCAGGCCAACAACUACGGGAUGAAGGAGUUCUGGCGGGAUCUCUUUUCGAAAUAG